GGCAGCUCGUGUGAUGCGCUCUUCGUCUCUUUCCCUAUGAAAAGCCACCUGUAGCUCUUUGUAUAAGACGAGUGUUUUCACUCUCCGCGUAGCUCCUAAUGCCUUUUUGCCCUGAUCAGCUCUGUCGCUGAGAUGCUACCGAUAUAAUUGUCGCUUCGGUGAGGGUACACGUCCUCACAUUUCUCAAAAUUUCUCUCCAGGCUCGUUUUUUCUGCCAUGCUCCACGGCCGAGCAUCCGUUGAAGCACGAACGAAGCAGAGGAAGACGAAACCGUCACGCGCACGGGUUCGCGAGUCGCACGCUGUGGUCUGGGCCGCCAUUGCCUUCAGAUCGAACCCUGCCAGCGAACGAGUCGGUCGCCUGCAUCUUUCGCUCCUGGGAUGCUGUACUGUGACCGCAAGUGAUCGGCGCCAGAGCAAGGAUCAUGUACGACGUCAAGAGAAGUCUGGUAAUCAUCGUCCUUCUGUCCCUUUGUAGCGGGGGCCUGGCCACAGCCAAGCGACGGAGGACUGAAGAUGUCAUUCCUGAGGCAUGCCUGAACGAAGGCGUUAGAGUGAGCGAGUGUAGAGCGGCAUUCAUCACUGAGCUCGAGAUGAUGCAUUCGAUGAACCAAAACAACCAGCACACGAACUGCACGCUGUACUCGAAGUUGGAAUGUUGCGUAGUGACAGAGUACGGAGCUCUAGGUUGUGGCGACAAAGAAGUUAUCAACAAGGCCAUAUCGUUCGCCAUAAAAGAUCAUCAAAGUUACGACAACUGCCCCAAAGGACUUUGCGAUCCAGCCUCGGUCAACAGCAGCUUCAAGAUCAUGCGAGACAUGGACGAAAACCUGCACGGACGUGAUGCUGUCGCUGGUUUAGUCAAUGUGCCCAAGAGGAAAGUAAAACGUGAUGUACACGCUGCGAUGGAAGCCCAGGCACCUGAAGUCGGCAGUGAGGCCAACAAAGACUCCUCGGAUGAGCAUACGAAAGUGCCGAAGCACAAAGGAAAAAAGAAGGGCCACAAAAAAGGGCACAAAGGAAAAAAAGGAAAGAAGCCAAAGCUGACCGCUGAUGAUAUACUAAAGUACGCCGUUAGCCCGGACUACAAAGGUGACGCAAGUCUUGAGGUUGUCCCGGCAAGAGCUCACAACAAUGAGGAAAGAUCGGCGACUGUCCACAGUAUCAAAGCAGUCGACCACUCCAAAGAAAAUAUUACACCGAAGGCCACGCUUAGCCCGGACCACAAAGGUAAUGGAAGCCAUGAGGUUGUCACGACAAAGGCCCACAAUGAUGAGCAAGGAUCUGCGACUUUAGUUAGUAUCAACGCAGCUGGUACUGACAAAGAAAAUAUGAACGCUGGAAAAAGUGUCCUAGAAAGCACGAACACGGAUGUGUCCAAGAAAGUGAAAACCUCGUCUGUAGGAGCUAGCGGGUCACCAGCUGCACCAGCUGAAGUUGCACCGGCGAACGGCGCCGCGACUAGUGUUAGCAGUUUGGGAAAGGAGGCCCUCACUGGUGAAACUGGCGGUCAUGAUGCACUGGCAAACGUGAAAAUCCCAAUCAGCAUUGAGAUUGUGAAGAACAUCUCCCUAUCUGACAUAGGAAAGACCUCCAAGAAAACACAUAGACGGAGGAGGCUCCACAGGAAUAAACCGUCCAAGAGAGUACUGAAUUUCGAAACUACUAAAGGGCUGCCAGAAGUCAACAAAACACACGCAAGUGAAGCCGCAUCUUCAAAUCAGAGCCAGGUCUCAAGCGCUGCAGGCGAAUCACCCCUUGUACAUAGCGAAGGAAUUCUUGUGGAUUCUGUCCAGCCAAACGUAAGCGGAUCUAAUAAAGAACAGCUCCCGUUAAGCGCAUCUGAAGCUCCGGUCCACGACCCAGCAAAACUUGAAAUGAAAGGCGGUGCUUCCGUGGAUUUGGCAUCUAUUACAAGCGUGAACAAAAGCUCUCCCGACGACUCUCACUAUUCUAACAGCACACUUGCAAGCGGUGCAGCGGAAAAAGGAGAAUAUGGCAAGAAAGGCUCAUCAGGCGAGCUCACUGCAGACAAAUCGGUUGCUUCAGGCACAGAGGUUGGUAAUCAAACAAAAGAUAACAGGCUACUCGCAGAGAAACAUCAGGACGAAGAGCUGAAUGCUUACACUGGAUCUGAUAGAAAGAAGUCUGAGAUAGCAAGCAAAGAACACGGGAAUGAAACUGCAGUAAUCGAGGCCAACAGAACUGCUGCAGCCAUGGGUGAUGGCCUUUUGCAGGAUGCAAAGAUCUUUGGAAAAUAUAAUGACACAGAAAAACAAACGACAAAGCUGGUACAAGAAGCGAAUCUAGACAAAGAUAUAGGAACUUUUGCUCCGUUAUUCGAAACAAGCGGAGAGAACGGCAACCUUUUGUACUUACCAAACAGUAAGGUCAAGUUAACGAAUAAUGCAGAGCUUCUGGAUACAAAGCUUGAAAGCAACACGACGUCUGAAAGUGGUGUCGCACGAAGCUCCGCCAGUUUUAGUGAAAAAUCAUUUGCUUCCGACGUUGCGCAUGAAAACACCAGUUCUACUGAAAAAAGAAAGAAUACUGAUGCUGCAGGAAAGCCCAGCUCAGAGGAAGAACCCAAGAAUUCCAAGUUAAGCGACGUUCCAGAGAUAAGUCUGGCAGUGCACAGGCUUGAGAGAAAGCAUGAAAUUUCUUCUGAUGCCACUUCCUUCGCUCACGAGUCUUUGGAAGAUCGCGCGCGCAAAACGACCAAAAAUCAGACAAAAGUAUCUGACAACAAGGGUGCAACUGAGAAUCUUUCGAAAACAGCUAACGCCACUGCAUCACACAAUCAGACAAUUGGCAACCAGACAUCGGAAGAAGAGCUCGCAGCACCAGCAAAAAAACACGUUGACAACAAAACGGGUGCAUUGAGUGAAGCUGCGGUGAACCUGAAAGACCCGAAGCAGGUUUUUGGAAGUGGGCCACUGAUAGAAGUGAAAGGGCACAAAGGAGGAAGUGUUGAAAAACAAAUGGUGCACGCCUACGAAACCGGGGAGUCCGGUGAGAACAUCAAAGGAAAAAACAGCUUCAUCGAUGACCUGGUAGACCAAUACGGCUCUGGUGGUAGUGACUACGACAUGAAGUACGGAAGGGAUUUCAAGAGGAGGCACCGGCCACGCUUCCGGGAUGACGAUACACCCAAGGUAAGGCGAAAUCAGUGGGAUGGAGACGAGCCAUUUGAGGUUGAUACAACACGAGAUCCUUUUCAGGAAUACCCAAGUGUGAAAGACGGGGAUCCAAGGACCGGAGGCCUCUAUGGGGGAAAUCACGCGCGUAGACAUUCAGUCGAGGAGGAGAAUGUGAGAAUUGCACGGCACAAGAAGGUGCAUCGCCGGAAGCCAGAUAAUGACUACAACUACGAGAGCAUGGUACGUUGGAAGCUUCUCGAAGAACUUGACAGCAUCCUUGAUCCCAAGAACUCCCCUGAUGUAGAGAACAUGAACAAGCCUUCCGGAUCAGAAUUUAGACAUGAAAAAGUCGAUGACAUGGAUCAAUGGAAAAGGCGACUGCAAGCACUGAAGGUGCAAGUUCAGGCGCAGUCUGGAGAACACAUUGUGGGAGGAGCAGGUGAUUCCUUCCGCGAUGCCGACGCUAUGCGAGAUGGUGAGAUGUACUACCGCAAGUAUCGAAGACAGGGACCACUUGCUUAUGGCCAAGGCUACGAAGGCGUUCAACGCCCAAUCGUCAAAGACCCUCUCAUUCAUCAGGCCAAGAAAAGGUUCUGGAUUGAACGCCAAGAAAGCUACUCCAACAAAUCUCAUUUUACAGAGCCUCGGGGUGCGACGGGCAUUUACUUGCGUCCUCUUCCCGAAGCACCGGGUCGCGAACUCCCACCGGCCUUAGAAAGAGCAGAGAGGCACCCGCCUAAUGAGUCCAUGGGACUCAUGAGAGAAGCCGUCCCAUACGUUGCGGGUCAUCGUCUCAUCUCGUCGGAUAGUCGUGCGUCGAAGUCGUCUGGGCUAGGAGGCAGGAGAUACAGCAGCAGGAGGGCUGCUAGAGCGCGACGGCUGAGGGGCAGCCGCGCGUCGAGGAAGCUCAACAAGAACCUGAAGGACACCGAAGGCCUGAAGAUCCUCAGAAACGACGACUUGCAAGGAGACGACGACGACGACGACGAUGAGGAUCCGGACGAUGAAGAUGAUGAGGACGACGAGGAGGAUGAGAAAGAAGCAGCAGGCAUAAAAAAGUCCACCUUACCCGCCGUCAGCGCUAAAGGGCAAGUCGGUCACGUCGAUGCAGCCGAGAGGCCUCUCAUGAGCUUUGGAGAGAGGGUGCACACCAUGGAGCCGACAAGAACGACACCAAAGAAAGAAAUCAAGCCAGCAGGAAACCUAGUCGGAAGUGCUGAGUCGCCCGACUGCGUUCCCGACACUCUGAGAGCUCACACUGACUACUGCCGAGGCAUCUACACCAAGCACCAACUUUCCAUCGAAGAAGCCCGCAAAACUGCAUCAAAGAAAACUAUGGCUUGCUACAAACUGGAGUCGAUCAAGGGAUGCCUGUCAGCUGGAAGCUACUUUUCAAAGUGUGUCGGCGCGAACAACAACGAAUUCCAAGAGUUGCAGGGCUCCGUCAUGAGCCAGAUGCGUGAUCUGCGAUGUGGCGGCUCUGUGCUUUCCGGCUCUACUAUGCUCUUGGUGCUUGCGGUGGCCCUGAACUACCUGCUGCGCGGAGAAAACUAAAGGAAGCCACACCCAAGGAAGAGGUGUCUCUGUAAAGAACACCAGUGUAAAUAAAAAGUUCCACAGGGCA